AUGAAUGUACACCUGCGACCGGAUGAUGCCUAUCAAGAGUCAGUGAAUAUGCGCCAUGUCAUUGAAGAUUUUAUUAUUCGACAUCCAGAAUAUUUCUCUCAAACAGCAACAUCUUAUGCCGAGGCCAUUAUACAAAAUGUUGAAAAUCCUACAAGUCAGAAUAAACCUAGUUUACAUACACAACAUCCGAUUUUGAUUGUUGGUGAUUUCAAUGCGGAUUGCACAUACAUCUCUCUGGCACGACAAGACCAACUUCGCAGCAUUUUCUUUGCGGAUUUUAAAUGGAUGAUCAAUAAUCAAGUGAAAACAAAUACUCGACAGACAUGUACAUACGAUCGUAUUCUCAUCAAUGGAAACAAUUUUGUGAAUGCGAUCAUUGCACGAAGCAAUACGACAGUAGAUUUCGGCACAAGAUUUGGCAUGACGUUGGACGACGCACUUCGCAUCAGUGAUCACCUUCCAGUCAAAUUUGAUAUUGAUUGGUAG